AUGGCUGCCACCAACUACAAGUUCGAAGGCUGGAUGGGCCUGGACCCGUCCGCCAUCAACGGCAACAUGGUCUGGCAGGAGUUUGAGCCCAAGCCGUGGGAGGAGACCGACGUGGACAUCAAGAUCUCGCACUGCGGUAUCUGCGGCAGUGACCUGCACACCCUGCGCAGCGGAUGGGGCCCCACCAACUACCCCUGCUGCGUCGGCCACGAGAUCGUCGGCACGGCCGUCCGUGUCGGUUCCCAGGUCAAGGACAUCAAGGUCGGGGACCGUGUCGGCGUCGGCGCGCAGAACGAGUCCUGCCUGGGCCGCAAGGGUGACUGCGAAGCCUGCGCCUCCGGUCUGGAACAAUACUGCCCCAACUUGAUGUGCGGCACCUACAACAGCACGCAUAUGAACGGCGGCAAGUCCUACGGCGGGUACGCCCUCUACCACCGCUCGCCCGCCCACUUCGUCAUCAAGAUCCCCGACGCCAUCUCCCUCGCCGAGGCCGCCCCCAUGAUGUGCGGCGGUAUCACGACGUACUCGCCCCUGCGCCACUUCGGCUGCGGGCCCGGCAAGAGCGUCGGCAUCAUCGGUGUGGGUGGUCUCGGCCACUUCGGCAUCAUGUUCGCGAAGGCGCUGGGCGCCGACAAGGUCGUCGCUAUUUCGCGCAAGGACAACAAGCGCGAGGACGCGCUGAAGCUGGGCGCUGAUUUGUACAUUGCCACGGACGACGAGGCCGACUGGGCUAAGAACCAUGCUCGCUCGCUUGAUCUGAUCGUGUCGACCGUCUCUUCCUCGAAGAUGCCCCUCAUCGAUUACAUGUCCCUCCUCAAGACCGACGGCAGCUUCGUCCAGCUGGGUGCCCCCGAGGACGGCGCGCUGUCCAUCCCGGCCGCGGCGCUGAUCUUCAAGAGGAUCAAGUUCAGCGGCUCUCUGAUCGGCAGCCCCAGCGAGAUCCGCGAGAUGCUCGAGCUCGCCGCCGAGAAGAAGGUGCACCCGUGGAUCGAGGAGGUGCCGAUGAAGGAAGCCAACAAGGCUAUCCAGGAUAUGGAUGCAGGCAAGGCCCGGUACCGCUAUGUGCUCACCAACGAGCAGUAG